GUACCCGCUCCCCCUCCCUCCCUAAAGGUUCGCAGUCUCUAGUCAUCCCCUGUACUGUCUGCAGUCUCUGGUCAUCUCCUGUAAUGUGUCCGCAGUCCCUGGUCAUCCCCUGCACUACGUCAGCAGUCUCUGGUCAUUUCCUGUACUGUGUCUGCAGUCCAUUGUCAUCUCCUGUACUGUCCGCAGUCUCUGGUCAUCUCCUGUACUGUCCGCAGUCUCUGGUCAUCUCCUGUACUGUCCGCAGUCUCUGGUCAUCUCCUGUACUGUCCGCAGUCUCUGGUCAUCUCCUGUACUGUCCGCAGUCUCUGGUCAUCUCCUGUACUGUCCGCAGUCUCUGGUCAUCUCCUGUACUGUCCGCAGUCUCUGGUCAUCUCCUGUACUGUCCGCAGUCUCUGGUCAUCUCCUGUACUGUCCGCAGUCUCUGGUCAUCCCUGUACUGUCCGCAGUCUCUGGUCAUCCCUGUACUGUCCGCAGUCUCUGCUCAUCCCUUGUAAUAUGUCCGCAGUCUCUUUAUUUUCCUGUUUUCUGCCUCUAAAACCUAGGUGCA